UAACAGGAAGACGUUUAUUUGCAGACAACGCUGGAGGAACACGGCACAACUCAUCUUUCAGCAAAGGCGAAUUAUCUCCCUGAUUUGGAGAAAUUACCUCACGAAGUCUCCUCGCUGAGUUUCCGGCGUUAUAACGAAUCGGUGAAGUAGGGUAUAAGAGCUAUUUGACAUCGCCAUUCCCACGUGUUCUCCUUCAUCCAGCGGCUGCGGCGCCGGCCCUGACCCAGAUCCUCCGCCCCCGGACUCGACUGGCAGCGGAGCCCCGCAGCCUCCUACUGGUGUCGGAUGCGAGAGCCUGUCCUUAAGUGAGAAAUCAGGCCUCACUGGAGACAUUCAAGCAAAGGUUGGACAACGACUUUUCCAGAACAGAAAGGAAACUCAUGCAUCAGAAAAGGUGACUAAUAAACAUACCAAAAGAAUAUGGCUGCACAAAUACCAGAAUCUGAUCAGAUAAAACAGUUUAAGGAAUUUCUUGGAACCUACAAUAAACUUACAGAAACCUGCUUUUUGGACUGUGUUAAAGACUUCACAACAAGAGAAGUAAAACCUGAAGAGACCACCUGUUCAGAGCAUUGCUUACAGAAAUAUUUAAAAAUGACUCAACGAAUAUCUAUGAGAUUUCAGGAAUAUCAUAUUCAGCAGAAUGAAGCCCUGGCUGCCAAAGCAGGACUCCUUGGCCAACCACGAUAGAGAAGUCCUAAUGCAUGGACUUUUGAUGAAAGAUUGCCAACAACUGUUGCACUGGAAAUGAGGAUUCACCUGACAGAAUCCCAUGAAAGCAGUAGCCACCAUGUUAAACCAUCUGUCAUGACUGUUUGGCAAACGGAAACCACUGGGGAAACAAAAUUGCUGUUUACCAGAAUAAUCAAAAUAGGUCUUAUUGUUCAAUGAAAAUAAUAAGAUGCAACACUUGUUGAGGCCUUAAGAUUCAGCAGCUUGGUCACUUGAUUAGAGAAAUAAACCAUGGUUUCUUCAAUUAUGACUGUUAAUUUUAAAGCAAAAUACGUGUUCAAUCAUGUAUGAGAUAGAAAAAAAAUUUUAUUACUAAAAGGAAAAUAAAUGGAAAUAUCACUGAGCAGUUUAUACUAUAUAGCACCAUAGCAUUCUGACUGGAUUGUGGAUACAUUGAAAUGUUUUUCAAUCAAGAUCAUCCUCCAAGUAUUCCUGUUCAUUCAUGUCUGCCUCAAAUUGCUGGUAAAUACAUAAAAUCAAUU